AUGUAUAUUGAUGAAGAUAUUUUACAAGCAAUAUUCUUGCAAUUUCUAGUUGUCAAAUGGGCUGUUUUGUUCAAGCAAGCCUUUACGUCUUUUUAUGCAUUUGACGGAGCAAGGGCUUUAUUACGACCAGGCAUUUCAGGUCCUGAUGAAGUGCGACGUAACUACUUCCUCUGAAAGCAAGAUAAGAGUCACAGCAUUCAAAGCAAACUCCAGAGUCUCUACACGGGAAGAUUCUUCAUGUCACAACUUCCCGAUUCCGAAAUGCAAGUGGACUUAGCUGCUGAGGGAGAGGAAGAAGUCGAUAUUCGACAGUCGACCUCACAACAGGCUGUGCAGCAGAUGGCAGUACAACUUCCACCAACUUCCCAAAACACAGCACGACAAUCCUACGAGCCUCGUAAGAAGAAGACUUCGAAUGCAGUUUUCAAUCCUCUCAAGUCACAUAAUUUUUACGGCGAGCUCCCAAGAAACAAAUCCAACAUAGAGACUGACCAUAUUCCAAUGUCACCAAACGCCGGAAUAUUAGGAUCUUAG